GCAAACCGGAAGUUGAGUCUGUUCGCGCGCUUGUGUGUGUUCCGGUAGGAAGGGGCGGGGACUAGCGGCUUCUAGUCCAGGGUGGUGAUUGCAGGAAAGGAGGAGGCGGGAACGGAAGGAACGUGCGGCGAGCGGAGUCCGAGGGCGGGAUGCCUGUGGAAAGCAAGAUGGCGGACAAAGAAAAGAAGAAGAAGGAGAGCAUCUUGGAUCUCUCCAAGUACAUUGACAAAACCAUCCGUGUCAAAUUCCAAGGCGGGCGGGAAGCUAGUGGUGUCUUGAAGGGAUUUGACCCCCUUCUCAACCUCGUGUUGGAUGGUACCAUCGAAUACAUGAGAGAUCCAGAUGACCAAUAUAAACUCACAGAAGACACUCGCCAGCUGGGACUGGUAGUCUGCCGAGGGACAUCUGUGGUGCUUAUCUGUCCUCAGGAUGGGAUGGAAGCCAUUCCAAACCCAUUUAUCCAACAGCAGGACGGAUAGCCUAUUCUUGAACCCUUUGAGAGGACUGCCAAAGCUGACUCCCCCACCCCAAGCCUCUUCAAAAGGGGAAAAUAUUUGUAUUUUUUUAUAGGAGAAGGACCUUACGUUUAUGGUUUUUGAUUUUUGUUUUUACUUUCUGGUUUGGCACUGAUUACAGCUCAUAAAAGCUCUCUGUUCAUCUGGGAAGAGCUCAGCUCCUGUACAAGGAAAUCACCUCUAUUGCUUCAAGCCAGCAGCCCUGACUCCAGUCUUGAGUCAGCCACAAAGUAAGAGGCUCAAUAUGGUAUUGCAACAGGAGAUGUUUGAGUGUUUUUCUUUCUUCCUAUCCUGGGCCAAGGUGAGCAUUCCCAAGCCAGCACUGUUACCUUGUGUUCAUUUAGGAACUGUCUGUGUUUGAGACUUCCAUUUUCCCCAGGAAAAGGUGAGGGCUAGGAGAAUGGAAUGAAAGUCCUACCUGCUUUGUUUGAAGCUCCAAAUAAAGGGACAGGGAUCAUUUUUGCAUCAUGUAUUCAAGUGGUGAAACGUUUGUGGGUUUUUUGGUUUUGUUUUAUGUUCCUGUUCGGAAGAGAAUUCCUGGAUUCAGAAAUAAAGAUGGAUUUCUGAAAACA